AUGUCUGAAACUCCCCGACCCUCUCUUAAGCUCACCUUGGGCAAGAAGAAGGCGCCGGAGCAGCAGCCACCCCAGAAUCCGCCUCCGUCUGCUUCCUCAGACACGCCUCAACGAAAGCUCACCUUGAAGAUCGCUCGAAAGCCACAGGCCGAUGAAAGCGAAGAGAAACCCAAGAAGAAGAAGCCAUCGAAGAAACGGCCUGCUGAAGGACCUGCUCUGAACGAACUCGCGCCCUCCGCGGUCGCAUUACAGCCGCAACCGCAAGCAGGGCCCAAACGACUAAAACUAAACCCAUCGAAGAAACCUGGAGUGCAGUCGAUUCGAAUCAAAAACAAGGGGCUGGUCCCCACUCGACCUACCGGUGUUGGAUACGAUUCGGAAGCUUCUGAUACGGAAGCUGACCCAGCGAUCGAGGAACAGUUUAUUUUACGUAUGCUCCCCGGAGAAGACUGUGAUUAUCUACGACAGACGAUCAACGACCGGCGAUUUGAUCGGUCUGAAUUUUCCUUCAAACCCCUCGACCGUGAAGGGCGACGCUCUGUCCUUAGGAUUCGAGACAAACAGUACGCGGCGAUAUUGGUUGAUUUACCAUGUAUUAUUGAAGGCAUGAAGAGUUGGGACCGACGUGGUUGGUACAAAUCUGCAGACAUUUGUCAAAUGCUUCUCGUUCUCGGUCUGGUUUCUAGCGACAAAGAGGCCACUGAGUAUCCUCUCCCUUCGGACGUCCAUAUCCCGGACGACAAAACUUUGCAGUACGCACAUGGCCUGACGCCUCCAUUGCAGUGGGUGAGGAAGCGACGGUUCCGUGAUCGCAUCAGUACUCGGACAAUUGAACAGGUCGAGAAGGCAGUUGAGGAUUUGAUCGCGCAAGAUGAGGCCGCCGUCUCCGCUCCCAAAUAUGAAUUGCUGGAUAGUGCAUCGCUGAAUCGGGCCGAGGGACUCGUCCAGAGUGGUGAAUAUGGGUUUGACGAAUAUGAUGAAUAUGACGAUGAACAAGACGCGGAUGGUGAGGUGGAUUAUGGCAUGCAAGAGGGCGUGCCGCAUCUGUAUCAGGCCGGCACACCGACGGCAACCAAGCCGUCCACCCCGGCAGCCGAGUCGUCCGGAGACGAGAGUGAAAUUUCGGAUGGAAACGAAGGCGACGAGCCCGACGAUCUGGAUGAAGAUCAACUGGAACAGCAGCAACAAUUCCAGCAACAGCGCGAGGAAAUUGCAGAAUUGGAAGCGCUGAUCCGCGUGGAAACUGCCAAGUGGGAGAAGAUGCCAAACGCCAUCCUGCGGAACAAGCUUGCCAAACGUAUUCAAGAUCUGAAGCAGGAUUUGUCUUUGAAAAAGGUUUCAAUUGGAGAAGGAGACGAUGCCGACGGUUGA